GUGAAGCAAAUAUCCAGUGUGAAAACUCUCGAGACAACUAUUCAAAUUGACAACCAUCAAACGCUUGCAGGCUAAUUAGCCUUAUUUCCCAGAAUAUGGCGAGUCUAAAAAGGAGUCUUGCUGUCGACUCUCACGGCCCGAACAUGUCGAGCAAAGUCUAUGUUCGCUCGACAAAAAAUGGCAAGGUGCAGAAGAUUGUGCGGGAGUUAUAUUUAAGACAGGAUAUUCCCUGCUCAUCGAAGCUUUGCGCAACUUGUUUAUCAAGCGCGCCUGCGGAUUCCAAUGGAAACAUCCUCCCAUUCGUACUUUCCGAGCACCCCGCCGGUACCAAAGCAUAUCCUCAAGGACACUAUCUUAUUCCAGAUACGAACGCACUACUGAAUGGACUAGAUUUAUUUGAACAGAGCAGUGCAUUCUACGACGUUGUUAUUCUGCAGACUGUUCUUGAAGAGCUUCGAAAUCGAUCUCUGCCGCUCUACAAUCGACUGAUUGCCCUCACAAGAAGCGAAGAGAAGCGUUUCUAUGUCUUCUUCAAUGAAUUUAGAUUAGAGACCCACGUCACACGGGAAUCGGGUGAAAGCAUCAAUGAUCGAAAUGACCGUGCUGUCAGACGUUCAACGAAAUGGUACAGCGAGCAUCUGCAGAAGACUGUGUAUGCGGCUGGGAGAACAAACAAGUGUCCUGCAGUUGUUAUGCUCAGCGACGACCGGGAGAAUCUGAAGAAGGCGAAGGCCGAAGGCGUUACUGCUAGUUCUUUAUCGGACUAUGUUUCUGGGUUGGAAGAUGCGGAUCGACUUCUCGAUAUGAUCGCUGCAGCGCGCGAGGGGCAAGACGCCCGCGCAGCUAAUGCGGAAAUGCUCUAUCCUGAAUAUUACUCUUUAUCAAAGAUAAUGACCGGCAUCAAAGCUGGCACUUUGCAUCAAGGGGUUUUCAACGUAUCUCCAUAUAACUACCUCGAGGGAUCUAUCCAGGUACCGGCUUUUGAUAGACCGCUUCUAAUUCUGGGACGAGAGAAUAGCAACCGCGCCGUCUCAGGGGACAUUGUUGUCGUCGAAGUAUUACCUAGAGAGCAAUGGAAAGCACCUUCAACUAAGAUUGUCGAAGAAGAGACACUAAACAAAAACGAAAACGCGGACAAUGAGGAAGCCGAGGCGGUCGUUACUGAGCAAGAGCGAAAAGCAUUGCAGGAAGAAGUCCGAAAAACUCAAGGGAAGAGCAUCGAAGGUCGCCCGCAACCUACCGCGCGAGUUGUUGGCAUCAUCAAGAGAAACUGGCGCCAAUAUGUCGGACAUAUUGACUCCGCAUCUGUCAGUCUGACAGGCAAGCAAGGUCGAAGCCAAAACACGGUUUUCCUGAUUCCUAUGGACAAACGCAUUCCGAAGAUCCGGAUUCGCACACGGCAAGCCGCAGAGCUCGUUGGAAAGCGAGUUCUUGUCACUAUUGAUGCGUGGGAUCGUGAAACUCGCUAUCCAGUCGGUCACUUUGUCCGCUCACUUGGGGAACUUGAAUCAAAAGCGGCCGAGACCGAAGCCCUGCUCUUGGAAUACGAUGUUCAAUACCGUCCGUUCCCCAAGGCAGUGCUGGACUGUCUACCCAAGGAAGGCCAUGACUGGAGAGUCCCUACGAGCCUAGAAGACCCCGGUUGGAAAGGCCGCAAAGACCUCCGUGCUUUGCUCGUUUGCAGUAUCGACCCCCCAAAAUGUCAAGACAUCGACGAUGCAUUGCACGCUAAGCCUCUACCAAAUGGAAAUUUCGAAGUUGGCGUACACAUUGCGGAUGUAUCGCAUUUUGUCAAGCCGAACAAUGCCAUGGAUGAAGAAGCCAGCUCACGAGGGACAACUGUUUAUCUUGUCGACAAACGUAUCGACAUGUUGCCCAAACUUCUAGGAACAGACCUCUGCUCGCUGAAACCUUACGUCGAGCGUUUCGCCUUCUCGACAUUGUGGGAAGUUACACCGGAGGCGGACGUGGUAAAUGUCACAUUCACCAAAUCCGUCAUUCGAUCGCGCGAAGCCUUCAGCUACGAACAAGCCCAGAUCCGCAUCGACGACGCGACCCAGCAGGACGAGCUAACGAAGAGCAUGCGUAUCCUGCUCAUGCUGUCAAAGAAGUUGCGUCAGAAACGCAUGGACGCUGGCGCGCUCAAUCUCGCAAGCCCCGAGGUCAAAGUGCAAACUGAAUCCGAGACAUCGGACCCCGUGGAUGUCGAGACAAAGCAAAUCCUCGAUACCAACCAGCUCGUCGAGGAAUUUAUGUUACUUGCGAACAUUAGCGUUGCAGCCAAGAUUUAUGAAGCAUAUCCCCAAACUGCUAUGCUUCGACGCCACGCGGCCCCACCACGCUCCAAUUUUGAAGAGCUGGCGAACCAACUCAAGGUCAAAUUGGGCUUCGAUUUGAAAACAGAUAGUUCCAAAUCUCUCGCCGACUCACUGGACACUUGCGUGUCGCCUUCCGAGUCCUUCCUUAACAAUCUGAUCCGCAUCAUGGCUACGCGAUGCAUGAUGUCUGCCGAAUAUUUCUGUUCCGGAACCCAAGCGUACCCUGAGUUCCGUCACUACGGACUGGCUUCACCCAUCUAUACGCACUUUACGAGUCCAAUUCGGCGAUACGCCGACCUAGUCGCACACCGCCAGCUGGCGGCUGCAAUCGAUUACGAGCCACUUGACCCCAGUCUGCGCAGCCGGGCCAAGCUCGAGGGGGUAUGUCGCAAUAUCAACGUACGUCAUCGAAACGCGCAAUUUGCCGGUCGUGCAAGUAUAGAAUAUUACGUCGGGCAGGCCCUCAAAGGCCGCGUAAUUGACGAAGAAGGUUUCAUCAUGAAGAUUUUCUCCAACGGAUUUGUUGUCUUUGUCCCGCGCUUUGGAAUCGAGAGCCUCAUCCGCCUAAGGGACAUGGCUGUCCCUGAACCGCCAAGUGUAUUUGAUGCAGAUAGUUAUAAAUUGUCUGUGCAACUUCCAGACGGUAAAGACCAGAGAGAAGAGAUCACGGUCGAAUUAUUCCAAAAGGUCACUGUCAGGAUUAGUGAUGAAAAAGAAGAAUCUACUGGCAAGAGAAAGAUUAGAUUGGGCCUUAUCAAUGCCAAGAUUGGCGGUCCUGCUGCUGCUAGCGCAGAGGAGACGAAGACGGGGAAAAAGAACACAUGAAUAUAAAUGCAAAAGCUAAGCCUCCAAGUGGUGUCUUCUUUUUUCGCCUUUGCCUUAAACAAAAUAUCUAUUUUUUUUCUUAACGCCUAUUACCCGAUUUAUCGUGCCAAAGAUGAGUUACAUCUUGUUAUUAGGGCAUAUCAUAGAUUCACUACUCUAGUUAACGGUCAAUACUGUGUGGCGUUUGGGUUACUCUUGCUGUGUCGCAUACAUACUUAAACUUGAUCGGCAUCUGGGGACGUCAUGGGUAGAUUUAAUAAACAAAAGCUUUGUUUUGCAUCGAG